GAGGGCGUGAUAUUACAGUCAUUACAGCAGGCGAAACAGUGCGUUUAUCGCUCAGCUCUGCGGCUGCUGGUUGCUGUGACCAUAAUGCAGGGAGACUGUGGUGUGGCUGCCGUGCAGUUGGUCCUACGCAAUGCAUCUUGACGGAUUAUAGCCUUCCAAAACAUCCCGUUUUCUGCGUCUCGACAUCUCCAUUCACGUAACCAAGGAAUUAAUAGUUUUUGCCCUCGACGGUAGAAACGCCGGACGAUCGAAGCGACGGGGCAAGUCAUCCACGAUCAGUGCGAUAAGGUUUCGUGCCGUUAUAUGAUGAACUUAUCCAUUUGUUUGCCAUAAGUAUUGCGAAAUGCCCGUCGAAUGUUGAAACUCAGUGGUCGAUUUUCGUUUCAUCACAGCUGCGUUUUCAAAGGCUGCCAACUUGUUUAUUCUAUCGGCGCAUCCAAACUAAUUGACCACGGUAGGAUGCUGGACGUCUACCUAGAGGUGACACUUGCAGCUUCGCACACCACUCCGGGAAGCUAAAACAAAAAGGACCUGGGUGCUUUUCUCGAUUUUUUUAGAGACAAAAAAAAAAUAGUUCGUCAACAUAACGGGACGCGAUGGAUGACGGCGCAAACGGCGAGACUGUCCUUCCAGACCUCAGAGACAUAGAGGUAAAGAUCGGACGAAAGAUCCCCGAGGGCUUGAUCAAAUGUAUGAGAGACGAAGCGUCGUCGAUGAAGGGGCACGAGAUUGCAGCGGCAGACCGCGAUGCGGGCAAGAAGGGUUUGGAUGAAAAGAUUAGGAAGUUAAAGAUCGAUAUGGCUUUCCUGCGCUCACUGGACGUGAAGAUCCUGCAGCAGCUGCUGGCACUCCACGAGGGCAUGGAGGCGGUGCGCUGGCUGGCUGAGGAGCGCAGCACACUCAACAGCCGCUGCAGCAGCCUAACCAGCAGCCAGUACAGCCUGGGUGAGGGUCCAGACACCUCCUGGCGUGGCUCCUGGAGCAGCCUCCACGACCCAAACGACAAGCUUGACAACAUCUCCAUCGGCAGCUACCUAGACACACUUGCCGACGACAUGGACGAGUAUGGACCCACGAGUUCAGAGUCCGUCCUCUGCUCCCCCACUGCAGCUCGGCCCCCAGGGCCCGAUGUGGCCCCUGCUGGAGGUCGGACUGGCAGCCUGGCCCCCAGCGCUGUGGAGGGGGCCGGCGGGUGCGCAGGCACCAGCGCCAGGACGGGUCCUUUGACCGCCAAUGUGCCUGACGGACGUCUGAUGGGCACUGGGGCGGGAAGCGUGGCGGAGGCGACUGCUGUGGCCGCUGCCGGAGCUGCAAAGGGUGGGAGCAGGUCAAUAGCCACUGGGAAGAAGGCAGCUGCUGCUUGUCAAGCUAAAGAAGGCCCUAAAGGAGAGGCUGCUAUCUGGACAAAGACCAAAGAGCUGGGUAAGAAAGACCCAGUCAGCAAGGACAUUGGUCAGGCUAGGCCCGUUAAAAACAUGGGGACCUUGGAAGAAUCGGCCAAGAAAACUAGUGGUUCCGAUCCAAUCCAGCCAUGUCUCAGCGAAAAACUGGGAAAGAGCCACAGCCCCAAAUACAAAGCCUACACAAACGGGAAGAAGGACCUGGACACCUGCAAGAUGAAUGGGAAGAUGCACCUGGAGUACGACGCCCACUGGCGCUGGGUACAAUCCCAAGACGAUGUCACGUUCUUGUGAGAUCUACAAAGCCAAUACAUGAAUGUGAAUCCACCCCUCCUGGGAACUGUCAAAGACCACAAAAGCCCAAACUUACAAUCAAACUCUCCUCUAAUAAACUCUAUUUCAAAUAACAAUAACAAUACUAUUUGCAACCCAGCUCGAGAAGAGAGAAGUAAAGAGGGAGAAUUAGGGUAGAAAAAGUACGAAGGAAAUUAUAAUUAUUAUCAUAUUUUCUUGUACAUAUGCAAAUACAUUAUCAUGAAAUAAGCUAUAAUGUCAGGCUGGAGGGACAUGAAGAGAGACCCCAAUCUGGGCCGCCCAGGUGGGCCAACACACACUAAAUAAUGAUGAGAAUCCUGUGUUCUCUGGUCUGAUCUCAGGGUUGGUUUCCUAUCGCCAAUCCCUGGGUGUGAUGUCAGUUGAUGGGAUGGUGCCUUGGUGGAAUAAUAAGACGACGGUUUUUUGUUUGCCCGUUUAAAGAUAGUUCAAGCACAGUGAUCGGAUGUGUGUCCUCACAACACCUGAGAUUUAACAACUAACAACAAUUUCUCCUUUAUUCAGGAUAAUGACUAAGCGUCAAUGAAUAAGUGUCAUCUCUAUUAAAGUUAUGCAAUCAGUAGAAGACAGCAUGUGGUUAAACAUGUAUUCAAACUUCACAUGGAUCAAAAUAAUUGUAUAGAUAUUGGCAUGUAAUCAAUUGGAACAUCAAUUGUGUAUGUUAUAUUUUACUCCUAUGUGACAGCGACAUCAAUCAACGAUAUUGGUAUCGAAACGUAUUAUAAUCAAACUGUGGUCCAAUGUAUCUGUGGCUGUUUAUCAAUAUCAAUAUAUAACAAAAAUUGUAAAAUAAUAUAAAAGUAAAAGAGUACUUGAUGAUUUGGGAAAAACCGAAGCAUAGUCCUUGCUACUGUAUUAAAUACUCUUUGGUUCCAAAGAGUAUUUAAUACUCUUCGGUUCCAAAACAUCAAGGGCUCAUUGGUUAAGAAUGGAAGACCCUAGUGUUUCCUCCUAAAGAAAGGCAAACAAAGAACAACCAUGACAACCGAUGAAGUGUCUCUCCUUUGCAAUGUAAACACUGUUUGUCGCCGUUCUCCUUUUGUGAAGCUAAUGCCGUCAGUGCUUAAAUGACUAAAUGCAAUAUUGUAUAUUCAGUGAACGCAAUACAGCUACUCUGGGCAUUAGGUACUAAUCGUGACUGGCUGUAGAGCUUAUCAAUCUUAAAUAUGGCUCAGUGUUGUGUUUUACGAUUAUAAUGACCCAUCUUAGCUACAUUUGGAAAGUAGAUGUUGUGCCUGGUUGAUGUCAACCUAAACUGCAUAUGCCUGUAUUCUCCUUCCUCUUCUAACUGCACUGCUGUUAUUAUCUUUUAGAUUUUAGGAGUGCUGUUUUCUACUUUUAGUUUACCCAAUGGAUUUUGCAUGACUCUGUUCGCAAAGAUUUAUUUAUAAGAAAAUAUUUCAAACCAUUACAAUCACCAUCAUUAAUGGUUGGGAAAUUAUUGAUAUAUUAAUAUUGUUGGACACCUCUGUGUGUGAUUGUGUGUGUCUGUGUAAUAGGUCAGGGUGCAAAUGUAAAGGUCUUUCAACUCAUCUUUCACUGCAAUGCUGAAUUUAUCAACAUACCGUUUUAAAAAUAGCCUAAAGUAUUUGAUGAGGGGCGAAAGGGAAAGAACAUUAUGCAAUCAGUGCUUUGUUUUUCUGAAUAAUACUGACUCAAGUAGAACAGGACCGAACAGCACGUUUACAAAAAGUGAUUCUGCAUCAGAAGUCAUGAGAAGAUAAGCAACAACAUGAGAAUCUCCUCUUAUGUCGCUCUCGUGUUUUUUUUCUGGAGGGGAGUGGGGUCUCAAAUCCUCCUCACCUCUCUACUGUCUAAUAGCACAUGGCUGUGGAAAAACCCAAAGCCAUGGCCAAAAAACACACACACACACACACACACACACACACACACACACACACACACACACACACACACACACACACACACACACACACACACACACACACACACACUUAUGUGUGGACUGGUGUGAGAUGAAACAGUGACUGCAGGCCAGACUCCAGGGACACAAGGACAUUUCUAGUAUAAUCCAGACGCGUGUAUCUAAGAUGGUGUGUGCCUCAACAGACGUGAAGUCAUUCUGAGGUCUAGUUGCUUUUUCCUUUCCGUUUUCUGAGUAACCAUUCAUGUUGAAUGGUUGCUCACCACAAACUGCUUCACUAGUUUGUGGUUUUCGUUCCACAUUAUUCGCACCAUAUGGAGAAAGAAAACCACAGAGGAGUCCAAAUAGCUGUGAUACGCAUUAGUGGACGUUGGAGUAAUAUAUCUUGAGAUGUUGGCUGGCCACAUGAGUGAACGUUGGAGUAACAUAUCUUGAGAUUGGCUCGCCACAUUAGUGGACGUUGCAGUAAUGCUGGGAAUGCGUGGGUCAGUUUGUCAGGGGCUUUGGUUUUUUAGCUUGGAAGCAGCCCUGUCCAGGGUUUCGUCUGAAGCUGGAGCAAAAACAUGUUUUCAUGGCCUCAAACAUGUCAACAUAUUUAUAAGAACUGAUUUUGUCACUCUGUGUUGGAGCUACAGUAUUUGUGCACAACAGCUUGUUAUGAUUUGCUUAAUGCAUGCAAUAUAGUUAAAACAAUGUGUUCACUGUUUCAAUCUCCACUAGCCUUGUGUGAAGGGUUUCUGUUUAAUACGUUUAUUUAGGUUAGGGUUAGGGAAUCUAACCCUGUUUGAUUUCAGAGAUAAAGUUAUAGGAAAUGCAUAAUAGCAUGUUAUAACUAUUUUCGCCAUGCUUAAACUCAAUAUACAAAGACUCACUCGUUUAUGUUGCCGUGGAUAAGGGUGUCGUCUGACUCUAAAUUUCUCAAUGUAAAGAUUUAUAUCUAGAUUUAAUGCCACGGCUUGACAUGUUUGCCCUAACCUCAGGUGCCCUGCUAUUCUGGCUACAAGACAAAGCAUGAUUACAUAGGAGAGAUUGUAUAAACGGUGUUGCCAUGCCAAUGACAGAACAGUGGCCCUCUAGCAACCAUGUAUUAUUGUCUGUUCUAACUGGAAUGAGGAAUAGCCAGUUUUUUUUUUGGUUACUUUGCCUGGAAAGGACCAUAUUGUUUCAAUAGUCAUAUUGGUCCUAUCAUCAGCUGUUGCAUAACACAGAUGUUUUAUUUAAGGUAAAGACAGCUAACUGCUACUCAUUAAGGGUGACUACUCCGGGGAAGGCUGUGAAACUGUCAUGCAAUGUUUAGCUUUCCUUCACCCCCGACUCCUUCAGUAGGGUCAAUACCAUGAAGUGAACCGCGCUGCAGCUUUGGAUCCAAUGCGUAUCGUAUUUUGAACUCUCACUCUCUGCAUUGGCUGAAAAGCUCUUAAGCAUUGGGGUGGCGAUGCCUCUGCCUCCUGGUGACCAUAAGCACCGCUACAGGUUUAUGUCUGAUUAAGUGCAAGAGGCUUGCUAAUUGCAUCUCCAGAGUCGGAGCAGAGCAGCACAGCAGGCAAACA